AGUCCAGAAACGUAAAUUGGUAGCUUAAAAAUUCAAGCCAAAUACAAUUGUACCCAACAUUACUCAAAAGAGACAUUUGCUGUCUCCUCUAAUCCUGUGGUCAGAGCCAAACACCAAGACCACAGAAGGUCCCGAUACAAUGAAGGAAAGUUUCUGGGCCUUUACAGAAAGCUUCCUCCUUUAAAAUUUCCCUCCCCUAGUCAAUAGGUAAACUGGUAUAAUUACUUCUCCUUCAGAGAACACCAGGAAAAAUAAAUGCAUACAGAAGUUUAUACAACUAGAUAAAGACACAUAUAUUUGCAAGGGGAUUUUUGUUUUUUUCAACCACUUACAGUAUCUGCUAGUUCCCUUUAGGAAGGAAAGGUUUAUAAGGCGAAAACACUUCUUUAAACCGUCCUUACUGGGAAUCCUAUGAUCCAGCAGUGAUGAAGGGCCUGGUUUUGAUACUAAUGCUUGCCUUAAUAGCCAGCCACAUCAAUCAGAUCGAUGGUCUGGCAAUGGAAGGGCAUGUUGCCCACUUGGGAAGAUGCAAAUGCUUAAGGCAGGAUUUGUUUUUUUUGGGUCCCAAAAAAGUGAAAUACAUCCAAGUCAUCCCUCGAGGAAUACACUGCCGAAGGACUGAGAUUAUAUUAACUCUGAAAAACAACUGGAAAUAUUGUGUUCAACCUGACACUCCUUGGGUGAUUUCAUUGAUUAAGAAGUUGACCAAGAGAUAAUUGCAAAUGGAUUUUCCGGGGGUGAACACAUCAUUAAAAUAUCUUGACAAAGCAGCCCGUCCUGCAAGCUUCAGGUUUAUCUUUCCAUAUGUAUAAAUUUAAUUGCAUCCAUUCAAGUAGUAAUUUCUGC